UCCCCUUUCCCCCAGAGAAAAUCCAAGAUCACAGCCUCACGCAAACUCUUGUUGAAGAGUUUGAUGCUGGCCAAGGCCAAGGAGGAGUGGGAUCAGGAGAUUGUGGACAAGCAGGCAGAGAAGGAGAGGUACCUGUCUGAGAGGGUCACCCCACUGCACACCAGCGGGCUCUCCCUGAGCCAGCUCCAGGACUUGUGCAGGGAGCUGCACGAGAAGGUGGAAAUUGUGGAUGAGGAGAGAUACGACAUUGAAGCGAAAUGCAACCAUAACACCCGGGAGAUUAAAGAUCUGAAAAUCAAAGUCCUCGAUCUCCGGGGCAAGUUCAAGCGGCCUCCCCUGCGCCGGGUCCGUGUCUCGGCCGACGCCAUGCUCAGGGCUCUGCUGGGCUCCAAGCACAAGGUGUCCAUGGACCUCAGGGCCAACCUGAAGUCUGUCAAGAAGGAGGACACGGAGAAGGAGCGCCCUGUGGAAGUGGGAGACUGGCGCAAGAAUGUGGAGGCCAUGUCGGGCAUGGAGGGCAGGAAGAAGAUGUUCGACGCUGCCAAGUCCCCCACGGGGCAGUGACAGGAGCACUGGGAAGAAGACCGUCCCCGUCCCUGCUGCCAGCCUGCCCUUGCUGCUCCCUGUCCCUUUGUGCCCGUCCCUGAAUUCCCCCUGAGCUGGAACACGAGGACAGCGGUGUGGAAAGGAGUCCUGAGCUUCUUCCUUCCAGCAGUGCCCUCAGCCCCGCCUCUGCACAGCGUCCCCUCAGCAGCCACAGGCCGUGCUGUCCCCAAGGGCCAGUGCCACCCACCCCUGCCAGCCCUGCAGAGCUGCCCCCUGUGCCCCCCUGUGCCCCCAGUGCCCCGUGGCAGCCCGAGAUGUCCCUGCCAGCCAGAUGUGCAUUAAAGGACUGUCCUGGGCCGAGGCUGUGUGCACUCCUCACUGGGGAACUCUGCCCAGGGCCAGGCCAGGCCACCCUGCAGUGUCCCCAUGCUGGCACUCAGACCCUACUCCCUGGGCUCACACAGGCUUUGGGCUCGUCCCUUCCAGCCCUGGGCUGUUCCUCACAUCCCACAGCCCUGCUGAGCCCCCUGGCCCCACUCAGAGCCAGCCCUGCUGGGCUCAGGGCUGCAGAGAUCCCCAAGCACCAGCCUGGGGGAACAGAGCUGCCUGCUCUCCAUCCCCACUCCUCUGCUUCUGGAAAAGCCCUCAGAGCUCCAGGCACCAGCUCCCCUCCAGCUGCCCACCACAAGCACUGCAGCUGUGGCAGUUGGGGCAUUUCAAGGGUUAAUUCCAGAGAUGAAUCCAUAUUUCAGGCCAAACAUCCCGUUCUUCCCCCCAGUCCAACCAUUUCUGUGUCACAGCCCCCCAGCCUGCAGCUGGGCAGUGAAGGCAGCUGGGAAUGUGCCAGCUCAUUCUGGAGCAGGGCUGGAGGGGUGAAUUUGUGAGAAUUCAAACUGCUGGGGUCUCCUGGCUGGGGGCACUGCAGGGGAUGCUCAGCCCACAGGCAGAGCUGCUCUUGCCAGUUACAGCAGUGCCUUGUCUGUGUUCCCAGGGUAUCCAGAGAAUUGCAGCACUCCCAGAUUGAAGCCCACACCACACCGGGGUGUGCUGCAGCACCCCCCAUCCCUUUGGAGAGAGCCUGUAAAGUGCAGAAAAUGCAAUAAACUGAGA